CUGAGGGGGUAUUUCGAGUUACAAGAUGGCGGCUGGGAGCGCUCUCUUCAGCGUUUAGUAGCGGCUUCAGGCUGAGUGAGUGUGUCUUCCCCUCGCUGUCGGACUCAAAGACGCACAGCUCCCAAGACCUGCUAAUCACGAAGUCCUUGGAGGCGCUCAGCGCGCCGGAAGCUCCCAGCGGCUGCGACCGCCGCCUCGGACCUGUUCGCGGCGCCCGGGACCUAGAGCGAUUUGCGGCGGCCGCCCCGGAGGUUCACAAAAAUGGCCAAAAGAAUUGCUGAGAAGGAAUUAACAGAUAGGAAUUGGGAUCAAGAAGACGAAGCUGAAGAGGUGGGAACAUUCUCAGUGGCCAGUGAGGAAGUCUUAAAGAAUAGAGCCAUCAAGAAGGCAAAGCGUAGGAACGUUGGAUUUGAAUCUGAUAGUGGAGGCGCUUUUAAAGGUUUUAAAGGUUUGGUUGUGCCUUCUGGAGGAGGAGGAUUUUCUGGAUUUGGUGGUGGCUCUGGAGGGAAGCCAUUGGAAGGACUGACAAAUGGAAACAACACAACCAGUACCACACCCUUCUCCAGUGCAAAGGUGACGGCAGUAGAGCCCAAGGCCACCUUUGGUUCUUUUGCUGUGAAUGGACCUGCUACAUUGGUGGAUAAGAAGAUUUCAAGUCCCAACUGUAAUAGCAGCAAUCAGCUGUCCUCCUCUGGCCCUGCUUCCAGUACAGCCUGCGCUGGGAGUGCCUAUCACAAGCAGUUGGCUGGCUUGAACUGCUCUGUCCGAGAUUGGAUAGUGAAGCAUGUGAAUACAAACCCACUUUGUGACCUGACGCCCAUUUUUAAAGACUAUGAGAGAUACUUGGCGACGAUUGAGAAGCAGCUUGAGAACGGAGGCAGCAGCAGUUCUGAGAGCCAGACUGACAGGGCAUCGAUUGGAAUGCAGCCUCCCUCCCUUUUUAGUUCAACAAAACUACAGCAAGAAUCACCAUUUUCGUUUCGUGGCAGCAAAGCAGAGGACACGUCUGAAAAGGUGGAGUUUACAGCAGAAAAGAAAUCCGACACAGCACAAGGAACAACAAGUGCCUCAUUUAAUUUUGGCAAGAAAAUUGAGAGCCCAGUUUUGAGCUCAUUAAGCUCUGGCUCCCUGACUGGGUUUUCAUUCUCCCCUGGAAACUCUAGUUUAUUUGGUAAAGAUGCUGCCCAAAGUAAAGCAGCCUCUUCACUGUUUUCUGCAAAAGCCCCAGAGAGUCAAGCAGGAGGCAGCAGUAGUGAAUGCAGAGGUGGCGAUGAAGAAGAAGAGAAUGAUGAGCCACCCAAGGUGGUUGUGACUGAAGUGAAGGAGGACGAUGCUUUCUAUUCCAAAAAGUGUAAACUAUUUUACAAGAAAGACAAUGAAUUUAAAGAGAAGGGCGUGGGGACCCUGCAUUUAAAACCUACAGCCAAUCAGAAGACUCAGCUCUUGGUGCGGGCAGACACCAACCUAGGCAAUAUACUGCUGAAUGUUCUGAUUCCACCCAAUAUGCCGUGCACCCGAACAGGGAAAAACAAUGUCCUCAUUGUCUGUGUCCCCAACCCCCCACUGGAUGAAAAGCAGCCCACAGCCCCGGUCACCAUGCUGAUUCGAGUGAAGACGGGCGAGGAUGCAGAUGAGUUACACAAGAUUUUACUGCAGAAAAAGGAUGCCUGAGCACUGAGGCCGACCAAGGAAUGUUGUCACAUCGCUGCUUCCCCUCUGCCCCCUAAACUUAGUCACAUUCUUUCCUCUUCUUACUGUGACAUUCUGAGAACUUCUAGGUAACGGGAACUUCUAUGAGGAAGAUUAAGGCCAAUAAAACCUCUGGGUAUGUCAGCUCUUCUCUUUCCUGAGGACUAAAAAAAAAUUCAUUGAGGUGAAAAUUUGGGAAGAUUUUUUUUAAAAUAUUGAUUCAUUGAGUAAACUAACCUAAGUGAUUCUUAAUGGACUGUGAUCAGGGUACCAUUUAGCUCUCCAAGGCUCCUUCAGGCAGUGUGGGCCCCACCUUCCUGCCUGCCUCAGGAGACCCCAUGGCAGUGUCCCACAGAACCCCAGAAGAUAACCGUUGGCUUCCCUCCUGUGGGCUUGUGUGACCUGUGACUAGCACUCCUGCCAAACACCAUGCCACCACACUGACUGUGCUGAACUUUGGGUGUUGGGUGUCUCUGUCAUCAGCCUGUUGGCAGGUGCUGGCCUUCGACCUGGGGCUGCUUGACUGAUCCAGGAACUACCUUUUCAUGAAAAGGACAUGAGUGGUUUGUGGGGGAGCUGGUGGUGUAGACUGGGUUUGUCGUUUUUAUUCAGGAGGUGCUCUUUACCCCCUAAAUUAAUGUGGAAGGGGCUGUCAGGAAGAAUGGACUUUAGAAGCACAAAUUUGGUAGCUUUUUUUUAUAUCAUUUCUAUACCACAAACAAGCCUUUAUUUUAAGAUAAAAGUAAAGCCGUGCUGAAAAGGGAUGUGUGCUCAUGGCCAUCACUGCCCUGGUGAGCCCCACAGGCAAGCCUGAAUGGAGUCCCCAGGGACCAUGCAUUCAUGAGAAGCAAGAGUGUAGGAGUGGGAAACCUAUUUGGUCUGUAGCUUCAGACAGCAGCAUGUUACUUGGCAUCUGGAAAACUUGUUUUGUUUUUAUUUUAAGGAUGAGGUAUUGAGUGUGUUCAUUUGGAAGAGUGCCAUGGUUCUGCACGGGCCAUUUGUGUAACUUCAGAGUGGUGAGGUCACUAACACUAGCAUUUUCUGAAGACCAGGCAUCAAUUAAAUGCAAAAUCUGAUGCCUAGCUGGUCAUGGCUCAUAGCUGUAAUGCCAGUGCUAGAGAAGCUGAUGCAAGAAGACUGUGAGUUCACAGCAGCCUGAGCUAUAGUAAUCCCCAACCCCCACCAAAAAAAAAAAAAAAGGAUAAUGACUAAAGUUCCACUUUCAGUUCCAUUCAAACCAUUCACCAGGACCAGAUAGUGUCUGAAGGCUCAGGGUCAGUGCCCAGAGGUGCACACUUGUGUGCUCAGUCAAUACACAGUCACGAAACCUGAUGUCACAGUUCUUUAAAACUACAAUGCCGGGAUGGGAGUGAAACCUAGUUCACUUUAUUUAUGUAUCCAUGGCUAGCUGUGAACUCAGAGACCCACCUGCCUGUGCCUCCUGAGCCCUGAGCUAGUUAGCUUUUGCUGAGGUGGGAUAGUAGUGUUAUCACUGUGUUAAAUGGCUCUGUGCUUAGCAUUUUGACAUGUAUCCAUGAGUGUUGUGCUUUGUGGGGUGUGGACCUGGGCGGGGUGCUGUGCAUUUGCCAUUUAGCAUUGAGAAUUGGUUUCUAGCAAGUGAGUUGCUGCUUCUGUCACCGCUGACCCUACCUUGUUCACGUUAGGUUUUCCCAGCUUUCCAAAGAUGAAAUAAGGGGAUCACAUUUCAGAACAGUAUGGUGCAGCCACAUGCCCAUGGGACAGACUAGUGUCAGACUCUUGGGUACUUUCAGGAACUUAUCUAUUAAUGGUGGUGGGGCUCUGUGAGCAUCUGCCCAUGCCUUGAAUAUUUACCAAAAGUGUAAAAGCAAAAAAGGUCGUGACUGGAUUGCCUUCCCAGCCCAUUUUAAUUGUAAAGUAGUGGGUGUAGCUUUCCUAACAUUCCCAGCAAAGUUUGCUGCUAAGACUAUCACUUUGGAAGGAGAGAGGGGAUGUGACCGGAACUCAGUGUGUCUUUAUGCUUUAGGAGCUAGCUCGGCACUCUGCACUUAACCUGAGUGUGAGUCACUAGAAAGUCUGUCACAGGGAGGCCCCUGGAGGGCUCUGUUCUCCCUUAACUGUGUUAGUUAGUACCUGGUUCCAACCCAUGGCUUAAACUUCAUUUAUGUUUUAACAUGUUAGAAAUUUGCCUAUUGUGUGUUUAAUAUAAACUGAGGUUUUUCUCUGGUUUGAAAAUCUAAGUAUUUUAUUUGCCUGAGGAAGUGUGUGUUCUCUGUUGUCAGGGUGUGUCUAGGCAAACUCUUAAGCCUGGGCCUUCCCACAUUGUAUCUCAUGAUUUCGCACAUUCCCAAUCAGCAGUUUUUAGGCCUGCACUGUUUUCCUUGGAGAGCCACACCAUACCAGCUGCGGCUGUUAGUGACAGGUCCAACUGCUGAUGGGCUGAUUUCUUUUACACUUUCAGUUCUAAAUCCUAUUUUUUACAUGCUGCGUGCCAAAAAAUAAUACCUGCUGUGGUGUAGAGGGAAAAGUCCACCUUGUUGUCAGGGUUUCCCCUGACAGCCUCCUCUACCUUUUCUUGAAGGUUAAGGAGUCUAUUCUUGCCAGCUUGUUCAUUAUGUUAUUACUAUUUCUGAAGAUGAGGAACAGCCCCCUUGAGGCUGCAGACUACCCACUAACACCAACCAAGUCUCAUUCUAGAAGUGAGAUUUUAAGGAAAUGACCUGUUCUGUUACCCAUAGGUGAAGUUGGGAGCUCUUCAGGGCACCUUCUAGCCCCAUGCUCUGCACAAGGCCACCACGUGCUCUUCAGAAGUGAUCACAAGACUGAGGACUGUCCUUUAACACAGACAGAGUUGUAAGGGGAUGUAAGACUUCUUAACACAUGAAAUAACCUGUUCUUUUCCUUAAACAGGAAAUUGUUUUCUAACGCUAAAAUACUUGAAUUGUCAGACAGUAUAAUCUCAGUGUGUGUGAGCUUUUGAAUGAGCCUGUGAGGAAGUGUAACAAUCCAUGAAAUGUGAAUAAAUGGAAAGUUAAAAACC